AUGUCUAACUGUGCAAUAGGACCUGACGGGGAACUCAAAGAUGCCGCUGAUAUCGAGUGGUAUGCCUCUGAGUCCGACGAACGGCCCAUUGCUGGACCGUCAAUGUCCGGCUCUUCUCCUGCAAGUGCACCUCCCGCGCCUUCCGCACCUGUCUCACCGAUAGUCAACGCGCAGCCGCCUCGGAACGCCUUCGACCUGCUUGGGAAGGCCCCUGCGGAGAAGGUAGGCGGUUUGCUGCGUUCUGCCCGUGUCAGCAAGCCUUCAGGUAGAGUCAAAGACCCGAAUAAUGCUGCAGGCGGGAUCUCUCCUCCCAAAUCAGCAAAGCGCCGGAACGAUGAUGCUCAGGCUGGCGACAACCCAAACCCCAGCAAAAGACGAGCUACAUCAAAGAGGUGUGCUGUGUCCGACUCCAAAGACGCUGACCCUCCCAUAGCACAUCGAUGA